CUGAGGGGACCCAAGAUGGCUGAAAACUCACAGUGGGGCUAGUGUUUAUUCAAGUAAGAUGCUGCAACCCUUUGGCAAAACAGAGGUAGUAUAUGGAAUAUAGCGAUCCGGAAACAUAAACUAAUACAUCGGUUCGAUCCAUUAUAUCUUGAAAUGUCUAUAUAUUGAUAAGGAGACAGGCUGGUCCCCCCGCGGCCCAUAGCCAGAACAUGGCGGAACACUUGGGCAAAAUAUAGCAAGCUAGCUAGCCUGCUAGCUUAUUAUGAAAACAUUGCUUUAAAUGCGACUUUGUCUACUCGUAUAAGGGCCGAAGGUAUUCCGAUUGGGGAAGUAGUGCUAUCGCUUUGUUGUUUUGUUUUUUUGAAGACGACUGGACAUUACACAUUUUAGAAUGUUAAGCGCUGACAGAUAGCUCAUUAGCUAACUUGCUAGGCUAGUUAGCUAGCAGGCUAUAACGUUAACGUUAUUGGUGGCAGCUGCAGCAAACUGAAGUGAAAGGGCAUCUGAUUUUCCCCCUGUCGCACUCCGAAUGUGUCCGGUCUGAAACUUUGACUAACUAUAAUUAACAACAUCCACGAUAUCAACGUUUUACGCUGACCAGCGAAUGUGUGGGUGCAGUCAUAAACAGGUUUAUCUUAAUUGAAGGAGAAUGCUUCUGAAGUGCCACAAGACAACUAUCGCUCCCACUGUACUAACCAGCAACAGUAGCUAACGUUAACAAUUGUCACUACAAGACAUAAGUUAAGGUGCAAUCUUGCUUGUUGCAUAGCUCAAACAUUUGGCUCACUGGUGUGCAAACAUUUAUUUUGAUAAGUGUUGCAAUAUUAACACCGUUGGCUUGCCACGAUCACCAUCAUCUGGCUUUGUUUCUUCUCCAUAAAGCUCAGUUGCAACACUGUAUCAAUAUACACCGUUAGGUGACCAACAAAGUGGUCUUCUGGUUAGUUACCAUUAGCUAGCUAAGGGACGUUAGCGUCUUUGAGGGAAACUCAUUGGUAAAGACACUCAAGUGGCGCCGGGGAGGGAAAGUGCGGCCGAGUAAACUUCGCCACCGGUGAAGUGACCACCGUUGUAAUAUUGGAAUCAGCUAGGACGUCUGCAAGAAUGACGGACACACGGCGGCGGGUAAAAGUCUACACUCUCAACGAGGACCGACAGUGGGACGACCGGGGAACAGGACACGUUUCCUCGGGCUACGUCGAGAGGCUGAAAGGCAUGUCUUUGCUGGUGCGCGCCGAAAGCGACGGAUCACUACUGCUGGAGUCCAAAAUCAACCCAAACACAGCCUACCAGAAACAGCAGGACACAUUGAUUGUCUGGUCGGAAGCUGAGAACUAUGACUUGGCACUCAGUUUUCAGGAGAAGGCCGGGUGUGAUGAGAUCUGGGAAAAAAUAUGCCAGGUCCAGGGCAAAGACCCGUCGGUGGAUAUCACGCAGGAGCUGAUCGACGAGUCUGAGGAGGAGCGUUUUGACGACAUGUCGUCCCCGGGCUUGGAGCUGCCGCCGUGCGAGCUCUCGCGCCUGGAGGAGGUGGCUGAGCUGGUGGCGUCGUCACUUCCGUCGCCGCUGCGCCGCGAGAAACUGGCCCUGGCGCUGGAGAACGAGGGAUACAUCCGGAAGCUUCUGGAGCUUUUCCGCCAGUGCGAAGCGCAGGGCAACCGCGAAGCGCUACACCAGCUGUACGACGUGGUCAAGGGCAUCUUCCUGCUCAACCGCACGGCGCUCUUCGAGGUCAUGUUCUCGGAGGAAUGCAUCAUGGACGUGAUUGGAUGCCUGGAGUUCGACCCGGCUCUGCCUCAGCCGCGGCGCCACCGCGAGUUCCUGACAGGCACGGCGCGCUUCAAGGAGGUCAUCCCCAUCUCGGACCCGGAGCUGCGGCAGAAGAUCCACCAGACGUUCCGCGUGCAGUACAUCCAGGACAUGGUUCUGCCCACGCCGUCCGUGUUCGAGGAGAACAUGCUCUCCACGCUGCACUCCUUCAUCUUCUUCAACAAGGUGGAGAUCGUGGGCAUGCUGCAGGACGAUGAGAAGUUCCUGACGGAGCUCUUUGCCCAGCUGACGGACGAGGCCACAGACGACGACAAGCGGCACGAGCUGGUGAACUUCCUGAAGGAGUUCUGCGCGUUCUCUCAGACGCUGCAGCCUCAGAACAGAGACGCCUUCUUCAAGACGCUCUCAAACAUGGGCAUCCUCCCCGCACUGGAGGUCAUACUGGGUAUGGAUGACGCACAAGUAAGGGGAGCAGCGACGGAUAUCUUCUCGUACCUUGUGGAGUACAACCCCUCGAUGGUACGAGAGUUUGUGAUGCAGGAGUGCCAACAGAAUGAUGACGAUAUCUUGCUGAUCAACUUGAUCAUUGAGCACAUGAUCUGUGACACAGACCCAGAGUUGGGGGGUGCAGUGCAGCUUAUGGGGCUACUCAGGACGCUGGUAGACCCUGAGAACAUGAUGGCUACUGCAAAUAAGACGGAGAAGACGGAGUUUCUGAGCUUCUUCUAUAAGCACUGCAUGCACGUGCUCUCCGCCCCCCUACUGGCCAAUACCACUGAAGACAAACCCAGCAAAGGUGCGUUAAGGUUUAUGCGUAAGAUCAUCGGGCUUAAGGAUGAGUUCUAUAAUCGCUACAUCAUGAGGAACUUCCUGUUUGAGCCUGUCGUCAAGGCCUUUCUCAACAACGGCACACGCUACAACCUCAUGAACUCCGCCAUCAUUGAGAUGUUUGAGUAUGUCCGGGUGGAGGAUGUGAAGUCUUUAACAGCUCAUAUCAUUGAGAGCUACUGGAAGGCCUUGGAAGAUGUGGACUAUGUGCAGACCUUCAAGGGCCUCAAGCUGCGCUAUGAGCAGCAGAGAGAAAGGCAAGACAAUCCCAAACUCGACAGCAUGCGCUCGAUCCUGCGCAACCACCGUUUCCGCCGGGACGCGCGGACGCUGGAGGACGAGGAGGAGAUGUGGUUCAACACGGACGAGGACGAGCUGGAGGACGGGGAGGCCGUGGUGCCGCCCUCCGACAAGAGCAAGAGCGGCGAGCAGGACCUCAUGGAGCCCAUCAGCAAGUUCAUGGAGAGAAAGAAACUUAAAGAGCCAGAGGAUAAGGAGGUGUUGCCCAAGUCCAGUCUCUCGGGGAGGCAGAGCCCCAGCUUUAAGCUGUCCUUCUCCAGCUCGCCCAAAGCCUCCAGCCUCUCCUCUUCCUCGCCCUCCACCUCGCCUUCCUCAUCACCCUCCUCCCACCCCGGCUCGCCGGGAUCGCCAGGGUCGCCGGGGGCAACCGCCCGCAGCUCCUCGCCCGCCUCCACCACCACAGUCACCACCAAGGGCACCCUGGUUGGGUUGGUGGACUAUCCAGACGAUGACGAGGAUGAGGAGGACGACGAAGACGACUCCGACGGCAAGGAGGAGAGUCCGCCCCUGUCCAAGAAGACCAAGCUGGGCUAGUAGAGUGCCACACCUGCCACCUGCGCCCUGUCCCUCCCUGCCAAUUUCCCGAUCCCCCUCCACGCUCUCCUCGUCGUCAUGGCAACACGCCCCUCCCCCCCACACCCCUUCCUCCUUCCCUGCAGGGGGAUGGUUGCCUGCCGAUGGACUAUUUUGUUGAACUUUGUAGAACUUAAAAAAAAAUAAACA